AUGGCUGCUUGCCCGCACCUGAGACGCAAGCUCUGCCCAAGAACGUCGCGCCUCCCGCCACCCGGGCCGCCGCCCGACAUACGGACCUCCCCAAGUGCAGCCAAAGUGACCAGCUUUGGUCCGAGAGGACACACAAAACCGAAGCAACCGCAGCCCGCGUCCCGCCUUGAACUUCCCGGAGCUGCCACCGCACACAAACGGAUGGGGAAUGGGGAGGAGGGGGAGCGGACGCAUCCACGACCGACACACCUCGUGCCGGCGACGGGCAGCCUGAGCGACGGCGCCGCCCAUCCCUCCCACCAACCUCCCCACCGACAACCAUUGUGUCGCCCCACUGUGGCGGUCGAAGCAGAUCUGCACAAGGCCACCAACGAGGGUCCGCUCACCAGCCAGGGGACCCCACAGAUCACCACCUACCACCAAGACCGCUCACCGGGGAGUCCAACCACGCCGCUCGCCGACGUCCAGCCACCGGAGCCAGCUGGAAUCCGACCAACACGUCCGCCAAGGCCGCUGCAGCUGCGCCGCCACCCCUACCAGCCACAGGCCGUGGCAAGGGCGGCCGCCCGCAGACCAGGUCAUCCUGGACCCUCGUCGCUGGCCAGGCCAGACCUGGAGCAGCCACCGCUGCCCGGAGCAGCCACCACCGCCGGCCCACCAGUGCGCACCACCACCGCCGGCCCACCAGUGCGCACCACCCGCCAUCUGCGCUCACAGCCUCCCGACGAGAUCCUGAUCGGGCCGUGA